GAGGCUAUUUGCUCGAAAUUGUAGUGGGGGAUAGCAUAUGUAUAAAUACAACGCCCGCUGCAAAAGUCGCCAUUAUAGUAAUUGUCUUUGUACAACACGAAAAAUCUGCUAAAACGUUGAAAAGUGAAUUAUUUGUGAUUGUGAAAUUGAUAUAAAUUAAGAAAGAAUGCAAAUCUUCGUUAAGACCCUUACUGGUAAGACCAUCACCUUAGAGGUCGAGCCAUCUGACACCAUCGAGAAUGUGAAGGCGAAAAUCCAGGACAAAGAAGGCAUCCCACCCGAUCAACAGCGUCUAAUCUUUGCUGGAAAACAAUUGGAGGACGGACGAACACUUUCCGACUAUAACAUCCAGAAGGAAUCUACCUUGCAUUUGGUGCUUCGUCUUCGAGGAGGCAUGCAGAUCUUCGUGAAGACUUUGACCGGCAAAACGAUUACUUUGGAAGUGGAACCUUCCGAUACGAUUGAGAAUGUUAAGGCCAAGAUUCAAGACAAAGAAGGUAUCCCACCAGACCAACAGCGUUUGAUUUUUGCUGGAAAGCAAUUGGAAGAUGGCCGCACCCUUUCCGACUACAAUAUUCAGAAGGAAUCCACUUUGCAUUUGGUACUCCGUCUUCGUGGUGGCAUGCAAAUUUUUGUGAAGACUCUCACCGGUAAAACAAUUACACUCGAAGUGGAGCCAUCCGACACAAUCGAGAAUGUUAAGGCGAAAAUCCAAGACAAAGAAGGCAUUCCUCCCGAUCAACAACGUUUAAUUUUUGCCGGAAAGCAAUUGGAAGAUGGUCGCACCCUUUCGGACUACAACAUUCAGAAAGAGUCCACUUUGCAUUUGGUACUCCGCUUGCGUGGAGGUAUGCAAAUUUUUGUUAAAACGUUGACCGGAAAAACUAUAACACUCGAGGUUGAGCCUUCAGAUACCAUCGAAAAUGUGAAGGCGAAAAUUCAGGACAAAGAAGGCAUCCCACCAGAUCAGCAACGUUUAAUUUUUGCCGGAAAGCAGUUGGAAGAUGGUCGCACUCUCUCAGAUUACAAUAUCCAGAAGGAGUCGACUUUACAUUUAGUACUCAGACUUCGUGGUGGUAUGCAGAUCUUCGUGAAAACCCUUACCGGUAAAACGAUCACGUUGGAAGUGGAACCAUCUGACACCAUUGAAAACGUCAAAGCUAAAAUUCAGGAUAAAGAAGGCAUUCCUCCCGAUCAACAGCGUUUAAUUUUUGCGGGAAAGCAGUUGGAAGAUGGCCGCACUCUUUCCGAUUACAACAUCCAGAAAGAAUCGACUUUGCAUUUAGUACUUCGACUACGUGGAGGCAUGCAGAUUUUUGUUAAAACUUUGACCGGAAAAACCAUCACGCUAGAAGUGGAGCCGUCGGACACCAUUGAAAAUGUAAAGGCGAAAAUCCAAGACAAAGAAGGCAUCCCACCAGAUCAGCAACGUUUAAUUUUUGCUGGUAAGCAACUCGAAGAUGGUCGCACAUUAUCAGAUUACAACAUUCAAAAGGAAUCGACCCUUCACUUGGUUCUGAGAUUGCGUGGUGGCAUGCAAAUCUUCGUGAAGACUUUAACUGGCAAAACGAUCACUUUGGAAGUUGAACCCUCUGAUACUAUCGAGAAUGUAAAGGCAAAAAUCCAGGACAAAGAGGGUAUUCCCCCAGACCAACAGCGUUUGAUCUUUGCUGGUAAACAGUUGGAGGAUGGGCGUACACUUUCCGAUUACAACAUCCAAAAGGAAUCCACUCUUCAUUUGGUGUUGAGAUUGCGUGGUGGCAUGCAGAUUUUUGUCAAGACUCUCACAGGCAAAACGAUCACUUUGGAAGUAGAGCCUUCAGAUACGAUUGAAAACGUGAAGGCAAAAAUUCAGGACAAAGAAGGAAUUCCACCAGAUCAACAGCGUUUAAUCUUUGCUGGAAAACAGCUUGAAGAUGGACGUACAUUAUCGGACUAUAACAUUCAGAAAGAGUCGACUCUCCAUUUAGUACUGAGAUUACGUGGUGGCUUUUAACAUUUUUGCAGUUUUUCAAUAUUUUUGUAUCUUUAUUUAAAAUUAAAAGGAUAUGGCUUUGUAUGAAA